AAAGUCCCUUUCAAGUACUCUUCUCUCUCUCUCUCUCUCUCUCUCUCUCCAAUCCAUCAUCCCAUGCUUUGCAUCUUGUGCUAUAUUGCUAUGAACAUAGGAAUAGAUUCAUAGUCCUCAGAAGCAGUGCAGCAUGAACAUAUAUUACAGUAGUCUAUAAAUGAACACCAACUUCUAAAGCCACUCUUGCCAUUGUUCUCCUUCUUUCAGUGCUUGAAAACCAUCAAAAAGUAAAGAAGAAGAAGAAGAAGAAGGAGAAGUUCCAAACAACUCUUUGUUGAUCUUGUUGUUGUUUUUGUUGUUGUUGUUGAAGAUGGGAAGAGGGAAAACAGAGAUCAAGAGGAUAGAGAACACCACAAACAGGCAGGUGACGUUCUGCAAAAGAAGGAACGGGCUUCUGAAGAAGGCGUAUGAGCUCUCUGUGCUCUGUGAUGCAGAAGUGGCACUCAUCGUCUUCUCCACUCGUGGUCGUCUCUAUGAGUACGCUAACAACAGUGUUAGAGCAACCAUUGAGAGGUACAAGAAAGCAUGUUCCGGUACUCCAAAUACUGGUUCAAUCAAUGAAGCAAAUUCACAGUACUAUCAACAAGAAUCAUCCAAACUGAGGCAGCAAAUCACAAACCUGCAGAACUCUAACAGGAAUUUGAUGGGUGAGGCUCUAAGCACCAUGAGCCUCAGAGAUUUGAAGCAGCUGGAAAAUAGAUUGGAAAAAGGCAUCAGCAAAAUAAGAAGCAAAAAGGUGUGCAAUAAUAUUUAUCUAACAGAAUUUCAUAUUCCAAUAUUCCUCUACAGAUCUUUGAUACUGACUGUUCUUUUUUAUAUUCAGAAUGAGUUGCUAUAUGCUGAGAUAGAGUACAUGCAGAAAAGAGAGAUGGAGCUGCAAAAUGAUAACAUGUAUUUAAGGAAUAAGAUUGCUGAAAAUGAGAGGGCACAACAAACACUAAACAUGCUGCCAGUCACAACAACUGCAGCAGUAUAUGACCUCAUGCCUCCAUUUGAUUCCAGGAACUUCCUUCAAGUGAAUUUACUGGAUCCAAAUCGCCAUUAGUUUCACUGGAAUCACUCUUGAACACUCAGUUAAUAUAUUUAUAUAUGUUUGCCUCUAAUGUUUUAACCAUCAAGUUGAGAGCUAUGUUUAAGAUAUUGUGAUCAAGAGGAAGUCUUUUUACUGUUUAAGGAUGGCUAAUCAAUUGAAGACUGUUUCUUAAAUUUGGUCAUCAUGCCUUGUUUGUAUUUUGUAAUAAGACAUUCUCUUAUGUUACUAAGUAUUAAAAGGACAACCACUCUUUGUUUUUUAA